AUCUUCUCUCAAACACACAAACAUAACUUCUCUCAAACACCAACAUUUCUAUCCUCUCUCUCUCCUCAUUUUCUAUCAAAGAGAGAGUAAGAAAACUAUGGAAUUAACACUGAAUUCCUCGAGUUCUCUAAUCAAACGUAAAGAUGCCAAAAGCUCAAGAAUCCAAGAAAAUUCCUCAAACAUGUCCUUUGCCAAAACGAAGCCACCAACUUAUCAGUUCCAGGCAAAGAGCUCUGUCAAGGAAAUGAAGUUCACUCAUGAGAAGACCUACAAGCCAGAAAGUGAAACCACAGAGAGGUGGGAGAAGCUCCACGUUCUCUCAUACCCACACCCCAAGAACGACUCUAGCGUUCCUGUUUUCGUUAUGUUGCCACUAGACACGGUAACAAUGUCAGGGCACUUGAACAAACCAAGAGCCAUGAACGCUAGUUUGAUGGCUCUAAAAGGAGCCGGUGUGGAAGGUGUAAUGGUUGAUGCUUGGUGGGGAUUGGUUGAGAAAGAUGGACCUAUGAAGUAUAACUGGGAAGGCUAUGCUGAGCUUAUACAGAUGGUUCAGAAGCACGGUCUCAAACUCCAGGUUGUUAUGUCUUUCCAUCAAUGUGGAGGAAACGUUGGAGACUCUUGCAGUAUUCCCUUGCCUCCAUGGGUGCUUGAAGAGAUCAGCAAGAACCCUGAUCUUGUCUACACAGACAAAUCUGGGAGAAGGAAUCCUGAGUACAUCUCCUUGGGAUGUGACUCUGUGCCUGUCCUAAGAGGAAGGACACCUAUCCAGGUCUACUCAGAUUUCAUGAGGAGCUUCCGUGAAAGAUUCGAUAAUUACAUAGGAGGAGUUAUUGCGGAAAUUCAAGUGGGAAUGGGACCUUGUGGAGAACUGAGAUACCCAUCAUACCCUGAGAGCAAUGGGACAUGGAGGUUCCCAGGAAUUGGAGAGUUCCAGUGCUAUGACAAGUAUAUGAAAUCGUCGCUUCAGGCAUAUGCUGAAUUAAUAGGGAAAACAAACUGGGGAACAAGUGGACCUCACGACGCCGGAGAGUACAAGAACCUCCCAGAAGACACUGAGUUUUUCAGGAGAGACGGAACAUGGAACAGCGAGUACGGAAAGUUCUUCAUGGAAUGGUACUCCGGGAAGCUACUAGAGCACGGAGACAAGCUCCUGUCUUCAGCCAAAGCAAUCUUUCAAGGCUCCGGAGCUAAGCUAUCAGGAAAAGUAGCAGGGAUCCACUGGCACUACAACACAAGGUCACACGCCGCCGAGCUAACCGCAGGUUACUACAACACAAGAAACCACGACGGGUAUCUCCCAAUAGCCAAGAUGUUCAACAAACACGGCGUCGUGCUAAACUUCACCUGCAUGGAGAUGAAAGACGGCGAACAGCCCGAGCACGCGAACUGCUCUCCUGAAGGUCUGGUCAAGCAAGUGCAGAACGCAACGAGGCAGGCUGGAACCGAGCUAGCGGGGGAGAACGCGUUGGAGAGAUACGACUCGAGCGCGUUCGGACAAGUGGUUGCAACGAACAGGUCGGACUCGGGGAACGGGUUGACAGCGUUUACUUACCUGAGGAUGAACAAGAGGCUGUUCGAGGGUCAGAACUGGCAGCAGCUGGUGGAGUUUGUGAAGAACAUGAAGGAAGGUGGACAUGGGAGGAGACUCUCUGAGGAAGACACAACGGGGAGUGAUCUUUAUGUUGGAUUUGUGGGAAGCAAGAUCUCUGAGACGGUUGAGGAAGCUGCUCUAGUGUAGAUUUCCACUCCACAUAGGUACAUAUAGUGUGUGUGGUAUAUAAUUAUAAUAAACAAUAGAGAUGACAAAGAGAGCAAACCAGAGUAUUAAUGUUAAAAAAGCUUUAGAAAGUUGCACAAUUCUGGAUCUGGGCAAAGAGAAGAUGAUGUACACUUUCUAUGACUGUGUAAUAUGCUUAUGAACUUUUCAUCUUCAAACUCUAAUCUCAAAUAA